UCCUUUUCUUUUAGUUCUCUGUCUGUUUCUUUCUAUUACCCUUUUCUUUUUCUUUUUACUCUCUGUUUCUUUUUUACAUUCUCUUUUCUUUGACUACUUUCCCAAUUUUGCCUUCUCCUCUUCUUUUAUCUUUUCUUCUUUUCCGGAUCCCAUUUUAACUUUCACUUCUUCAAUUCCAUGUAUAUUUUUUCUUAUCCUUCUUUUUUCCGUUUUUUCCUUUCUUUUCCUCCCUAUCUUCUUCGAUUACUUUUUUCUCUUCUUGCUCAAUGUCUAUGGAAUGGUGAUUAUGUUGUUUUGAAGGGUGAUUCUUCUUCCUCUUCUUCUUCUCCUCCUUCUUCUCUUCUUCCUCUUCUUGCUGUUAUUGUCCUUGUUGGCCUGUUUAUUUCUCAAAACGACGGGCUUUUUCUUCUCUCAGUAAUCUCCCAAUCUUUCCAAUUAUCCGAUAUGCAGGUAUACCGCAUGUCAUAUGCAAUGUUCACAGACGUAGCUCUGACUCUGAGCUCAGGGUCAGGGUCUGGGCCAGGGUAUACUACCUACUAGCUAGCUACAGUGUAGAUAAAUCCCAAGUAAUUUUUACACACUUUUAAAUCCCUUUUAGAGUAGUCGUAGUAGUAGUAGUAGUAGUAGUAGUAGUAGUAGUAGUAGUAAUA